UUACUCCAAAGAAAAUAGCCUCCGUUCCGUUGGACGUCUUUCCGAUCAAAGCUGAGCCUCCACUCUACCUCCCCUCAAGAGCCGCCGGAGGAUCGCUUGUCUCUUUUCAAAUCUACAAUUAACCCAUUUGAUCAUUUGAUAGACUGAUCUUGAUUAUGCGAUUCUUCAAGAGAAUAGCGGGGUUGUUGGGGUUGGUCAGGGACGAUGGGCACCAAGUGAAUCAGCAGGAAGACAAAGAAGAAAAUAACGCUUCCACCGCCUCCAACAACAGUCAUAAUCAGCAGGCCAAUGAACCUCGGGUUUUCCAUGAAACCGGGUUGCCCCGUAGAGGCUUCAGCGUCCCCGUCCAGGUCGCAGUGGACCGUCCCCAACUUGGCCCCGUCCUUGUCUCUUGUACUCCUGGUGGCGGCGGUGUGCAGGGUCUAAGAUGGUAUGCAAAGCGUCUCAGGAUAGAUGAAGAUGGAGACGUGGCAGAUGAGUUCCUCAAUGAGGUCUUGCUAGAAACAUCAAUUAGUGCAGAAGAUGAUCAGAGGUCAUUUCCAAAGUUUCAAAUAAAGUACAGUACCAUACCAGCUAAAGUGAAAAACCAAGUCGUAUCCCUUGGUGGGAAAAUCCAGCAGCAUGUGGAAUUCCAAGGUAGACUGCAGUGGGUAUGACAUGAGACGCAUGUUAGUCUAGCAAACUUGUGUUGUCAGCUUGAUUCUUUGGUUGUGAUCUGUUCUUGCCAUUGCUCUAACGUCUGUAUGAUUUAUAGUUCGCUGCUGUAAAGAGGAAUCUGGUUGUACUAUUCAUCAGUCAUGUGUUAAGCAUCGUAACCUUUUCUACAUAAAUCUGUAUAUGCAGU